AAAGAUUCUGAAUCAUGAUACGCAAUUUUAUGAAGAAAAAUAUUGAUAACUUACAUAAACAGUUAAAUGUUUGAUGUCAUAAAUUAAUAUGCUCAUGUGGUAGAUAAGAUUUUAUUGUUGAGAUUGGUAUUAAAGUCUUGAUUAGAGCAUUAAUAUUCGAUUGUAUUAGUUAAUAAAAAUUUUUUACUUGUUAUACUAGAUAUCAGAAUAAAUAAUGUACAUGAUAAAAUAUGAUACUUAAUGAUAUUAUAAACAAAAUAUGAUAAAUAAGUUAAAAAUUUUAUAAUUUUUUAAGAUUAGAGAGCUGUCCAAUAUUAAGUAGUAGCAGCUCUAUGACACAAACUGAACUUUUACAAGAAUUGACAAAUAAUUGUCGUUAUGAUAAAAUGACUAGACCACCAGGAGAAAUUAAUUCUACAGAUCCAAUUAACGUAUAUACCAGGGCUUAUAUUUAUACAAUUAGAUCUAAUAUGGCAAAAACACUGCAAUUUGAUGUACAUAUGAUGUUGCAAUUUAGAUAUCUGGAUAACAGGUUAAAAUUUUCAAACAUUGCUCCAUAUUUAAAUCAACUAUAUGGUGGACAAUUUGCACAUGAUUUAAUUUGGACACCAACUGUAUAUGUUUCUAAUGAGCCCAGUUCUGCUAUAAUGGGAAAUAGUGUGAAAGAUAUACUUGUUUCAAUAGAUCCAUCAGGCAUGGUCAUACUAAAUACUAGGUUGCAAGCUACUCUUAACUGUGGGCUUCGUUUGGAGAAAUUUCCGUUUGAUGUACAAGAAUGUCCUCUUGUCUUUGAAAGCUGGACACACAAUGUGCAUGAUAUGGUGUUAUAUUGGGACCAAGAUCCAAUCAUACUUGCAGACGAAUUACACUUAACUGAAUAUAAGCUUUUUGACAAAUGGGUUAACACAUCAGAAGUAUUUUAUACUACAUCGCAACAACAUUAUGGUCAUUUUGCUGGUAAUUUCAGUUCAAUUAGUAUAACAUUUAAAUUAGCACGCGAGAUGGGAUUUUUUAUGAUGGACUAUUACAUUCCAUCUAUACUGAUAGUAGUCAUUUCUUGGGUAUCUUUUUGGUUACAUAUGGAUGCAAGUCCUCCACGAAUAGUGUUAGGAACAAAUACUAUUUUGACAUUUAUGACUCUUGCAUCCAAAGUAGAGAACUCUCUGCCAAAAGUUUCUUAUAUAAAAGCCAGUGAAAUAUGGUUUUUGGGUUGUACAAUAUUUUUAUUUGCAGCAAUGGUUGAAUUUGCUUUUGUUAAUACAAUUUAUCGACGGAAGAAAAAUGUUCCUUUGAAAAAAGUAAAUAGUAAAUACAUAUUAAAAUCAACACUAACACCAAAACUGGCUCGAAAACAAUUUCAAAAGAACACUACAGGAUUAGAACGAUCACGGUCUUGGUCAUCACUUGAUAAUGCAAACACCAGUGAACAAGAUUAUUCAAGUCAAAAUUACCUUACUGUGCAUAGUUUUCCAAGUACUCUCAAUAUUCCUUCUGUUAAAAUUGAAGAAGAUAAAGAUCAAGAAUGUUCUAUUGGGAGCAUUAUGACUGUUAAUAGUACAUCAUCACCAAAACCUUUUCAACGAAGAGCAACUCUUGCACAGUUACAUAAUUUUACAACAAUGACUCCACAAGAAAUUGCUCAGUGGAUUGACAGACGUAGCAGAAUUGUAUUUCCUGUGGCUUUCAUUAUAUUUAACAUUCUUUAUUGGUCAUUUAUUUGGAUAUAAAAAUGUUAUAAAUAGAUUAAAUAUAUAAGAAGUAAUAUUUUUUUAUUACAUUGAAAAUUACUAAGAAAUUCUUGAAUAAUUACGAAAACUAACGAGUUGCAUUUAUGUAAUUUAGCUGUAUAAACUUUUAAAUAGAAAAGUUGUUUUCUAUAGU